GGAGUGUUGUUAGAUAUUAGUGGGGUUCUGUAUGACAGCGGGGAUGGAGGAGGGGUUCCCAUUCUAGGUUCCGUGGAUGCGGUUAAAAGGGAUCCAGUGAAGAGCUGUUUUGAUGAUGGAGUUGGCCUCUCUUCUCAACAUGUGUCCAAUCUAUCUCCAGUGGUUCCUCGUGAUGAUUGUGGCCAUGUCCUCUUGAUGACACUGAAGGAGCAGGGCAUGGUUGGAGAUCUUUCUUGACCAGAAGAUGCAGAGGAUCUUCUGGAGGCUCGUGGCAUGAAAUGGUGACAGCUUGGCAAGAUCAUUCUCUAUCAUGCACCAGCAUUCUGGCCUGGACAAGAGUGUGGACAGAACACUGCUCUGAUACUUGUCUGAUCUCCACAUGUUGCUUAUUGAUCUGAAGACAUUUUUAGCUUUGCUAAAUCUGCAUUGUAUGUCGUCCUUGGUCCCACCAUUGUGCUGAGUAAUGCUGUCCAGACUCAAAGAAGCCAAUUUAAAAGUACGUUUCUGUACCAAUGAAACACAAGCUACCCGGGAAAAGUUUGUGAAAAAGUUGCAGAAUCUGGGGUUUGAUAUCACUGUGGAUGAAGUCUUUGCUCCUGCCCCUGCUGUUUGUCGAGUGUUGAAGGAACGAGGACUUAGACCUCAUCUUCUUGUACACGAUGAUCUUCGACCAGAGUUUAAUCAGAUUGACCAGUCCAACCCCACCUGCGUUGUGAUUGGAGAUGCUGCAGAGUAUUUUACAUACCAAAACAUCAAUGAAGCUUUUCAAGUUCUGAUGGGGCUAGAGAAGCCCAUCUUGAUUUCUCUUGGCAAAGGGCGCUAUUAUAAAGAAACAGAUGGUUUGAAACUUGAUGUUGGAGCUUACAUGAAGGCCUUGGAGUACGCCUGUGAUAUUGAAGCUGAAGUUGUUGGCAAACCAGCAAAAAUGUUCUUCUUGUCUGCUUUAUCAGAUAUGGGAUUGAAAUCAGAUCAGGUCAUCAUGAUAGGAGAUGAUAUUCUGUAUGAUGUAGGUGGAGCCCAGAAGUGUGGUAUGAAGGCUGUCCAAGUGAGGACAGGCAAGUACAGGAUCAAAAUACCGCUACGGAGGCUUGUAAACUUAGUUGGCUCCAUCAUGGGCACUCGCCUCAGUAGUAUCCAGGACAUCUUCAAGGAACACCUCAAAAAUGUGCCGUCCAUUAUUAAAGACCCCCAUCACCUAGGACAUGCCCUGCUCAAGUGGGUACACAGGAGCCUGAAGGCACACACUUAACGAUUCAGGAACAGCUUCUUCCUCUACCAUCCGAUUUGUAAAUGGACAUUGAACCCAUGAGCACUACCUCACUACCUUAUAUGUAUACUUACUGUAGUUCACAGUUUUUCCUUUUCUAUUAUUAUGUAUUGCAAAGUACAGCUGCUGCAAAGACAACAAAUUUCACAACAUAUGCUGGUGAUAAUAAAUCUGAUUCUGAUUCUGAAUUUUCUCAUACCCAGUUUGUCUUUUGCUAGUGGUUUAUUCCCUUGUCUUUCAGUGUGGCUUGGACCGAAAUAGCUGUCUAUAUUGGCACUUUCUCAUCCAUCUUUUACCUUUACUCAUCCCUCCUAAAUGUCACUUUUUAUUUUCCAUUUCUUGUUCUAAUGUGCCUUGGCUUGUCAAUCCUCUUCUUCAAACUCCCAUAUGCUGAGAAGAGUGGCAAGAUCUUUAACCACCUUCUGUUCUGUUCUAACCUGGAAGUUUUUGAUAAUGCUAUAGGAUCAGUACACAGUGGUGUCUGGAUGUACAGUGUCUUUAUGCAUGUGGCCUUUUUAUAAACCAGGAGGCCAAUCGUAUUAAAAUGAGUUUAUUUUGCAUGAGCUGCAGCAUGAAAUUAUAGUUCCCCAAUAGCCACAUUUGGUGUUCUAGCAUCUUUCCCCUUUCUUCUCAGUCCUGAUGAAGGGUCUUGGCUCGAAAAAUCAACUGUUUACUCUUUUUCCAUAGAUGCUGCUUGGCUUGCUGAGUUCCUCCAGCAAUUUGUGUGUGUUAUAUUUGUAUUUUUUUUUAAAUUUGCAUGUAAGCAUACCAUCAGUUUAAAUGUAGAGUUAAUUCAAAGAAAGUAUGCAGCAUGAUUUACCAGACAUUCUGAAGAAUGAUCUUUUUGCACACCUUGACUUUAACACUAAAGAAAAAUGUGACGAGAUUGAACAGUAUAAUUAAGACCCAUUAAAAUCGAAUGAUGAUCACUUGGAUGUACCUUCUAUUCAU